CUGAAUGUCGUUCAUGUAAGAUAACAGCCCUCAUGUCAGAGUCCAUGAAUCUCUCAGAUGUAUUGUGGUGAAACUCACAAUGGCAUGUGUUUGGAAGAUUAUUCUCCUCAACAUUUUCAUUGUCUCUGGUAGAAGCAAGUUUUUGACAGGUCAGUUUUGGCAUAUCACAGACCUCCAUUGGGAUCCUUCAUAUGGUGUAGGGAGUGACAACUCGGCAUCGAUUUGCGCCUCAAGUGGAAACCGUCCAACCCCAAACGCAGGCAAAUUUGGAGAUUAUCUUUGUGACUCAUCAUGGACUCUCAUAAACUCAUCAGUUCAUGCCAUGAGAGAUAUUCUACCUGAUCCAGACUUCAUUGUUUGGACCGGAGAUGAUACGCCUCACGUGCCAGAUGAUCAUUUGGGAGAAACACCCGUCCUGAAUAUAAUCGGCAACCUCACCAACUUCAUUAAAGCUCUGUUUCCUAACACGAAGGUGUAUUCUGCACUUGGAAAUCAUGACUACCAUCCAAAGAGUCAAAUGCCACCUGAACAAAGCAACAUUUAUGAGCAUACCGCAAACCUGUGGCAGGACUGGCUAGAUCCUGCUUCUAAAGAAACCUUUAAAAUAGCUGGAUAUUACACAGAGAAGUUGCUGAAUCAAACUGGCUUCAGAGUUGUGGUCCUAAAUACUAAUCUCUAUUAUGAUCAGAACAAACUCACAGAAAACAUCAAAGACCCUGCAGACCAGUUCAGCUGGGCGGAUAAAGUGCUUUGCGAUGCAGCAAAGAAUAAUGAAAAGGUUUACCUCAUUGGUCAUGUCCCUCCUGGUUUCUUUGAGAAGAAGCGACAAAAGCCCUGGUUCAGACAAGAGUUCAAUAAGCGCUAUAUAGACCUUAUAAAGAAGCACCAUGAUGUUAUAUUGGGCCAGUUCUUCGGUCAUCACCACACUGACAGCUUCCGCAUGUUCUACAGUUCAAAUGGAUCUCCAAUAAGUGCAAUGUUCCUGACUCCAGGAGUUACACCCUGGAAAACAACACUGCCUGGUGUCGUGGAUGGUUCAAAUAAUCCUGGCAUUAGGGUCUUUGAGUAUGACACCAAAACACUUUUGGUCAAGGAUGUGGUAACCUACUACUUGAACUUGACUUAUGCAAACAUCGCACGUGCGCGUUGGGAGAAGGAGUACCGGCUGACAGAGGCGUAUCAUGUGCCCGACGCCUCUCCUGCCUCCAUGCAUCGUGUGAUGGAGCAAAUAUCCAAAGAGAAAUGUUACCUACAGAAGUACUAUGAAUUCAAUUCUGUCAGUUACGACCUCACAGACUGCAACGCUGACUGCCGUAUUGAUCAUGUGUGCUCAGUUCGGGAAGUUGACUUUGAUGACUAUGAGAGCUGCGUGCUGAAGGAGGGAGUGUCAUCUACUGGCCCGGUGCUGUUUACUCUGUUUCUAACAUUGAUGCCAAGUCUUUUGUGGAUGAACUAAUCACAUCAUAAUGCUGUUUAUUGCUCAGAUAACAAUGAUAAAUAGUAUAGUGGGCUCCAAAAAUCUUAAGUCCACAAGUGAAAAUUCAAAUUUAAUAGAAUUUUCAUUAUAAAUUAUCAGUAUAAAAAUUUGAGUGAAAAGAUUGAAAAAAGUGUGUGCAUGCUUUAAUGGAAGCAAGGAAAUCUGACCAUCUUUACAGAUGUAAGCAUGGUAAUUAUCAUAAAUUUGCUUUGAUAAGUGACCUAAAUAUAGUGCAGAAUCUUAAAUAUUUUACAUUCAUUGUAGGUCAUAAAGUUUCUUUUGAAUUUUUCAAAAUCCUAUUUUUAUGUUUAAAUCAGAUUUUGAAUCUCAGAUUUUCAGUGUGGACUCAGACCUUUGGUCCCUACUGUGUAGUGUGACAAGAUAUUGUCACCUGAUCAAUCUAGACUCAUUUUUAAUAGAAUUGUUUAUUUGAGUUGGAGUUUGAAUCAUAUAAUUGAACUGUUCUCAUCAGUAUUUAAAGCUGAAGUAUGUAACUUUGUCUGUGUUAUGAUACUCUUCUAUCCCAGCUCAAUAUGCAGAGACAUCUAUAAGUAAGCCUUUCAUAUGUUAAUUGGUAACACUUUACAAUAAGUUUUCAUUUGUUAACAUUAGUUAAUGCAUUAAGUAUCAUGAACAAACAAUUAUCAAUAUAUUGUUUACAGCAUUUAUUAAUCUUUGUUAAUGUUAGUUAAUAAAAAUACAAUUGUUCAUUGUUAGAGAAAAGAGAAUAUUUCCUGUAUACCUCCCUUGGAGCCAAAUUUGUAUGUGAAGCACUUUCCAAAUGAAUUUGAAUUGAGUUGAAAAUGUUUCUUUUCAGAUUUAUACAUUAGCAUUUCUCUAAUUGUGGGUAGAAAAAGAUAGUUAACCGUCAACUUAAAGGGAUAGUUCACCCAAAAAGGAAAAUUCUCUCAUCAUUUAGACUACUCACUUCCAGUACCGGCCCUUCCAUAUGCUGUACGCAUAUUAUGCACUCUGCGUAGGGAACAAAUUCCCUAGGGGGGCACCAGAAACUCCACCGGCUGCCCUUCCUCGCACGUUAUACGUUAUUCAUGGACCCCAUAGCAGUCGUGGAACACAGACGAUCACCUUGCACCACACAGCUCGCAUGCAUACAUUUUUUAUUUAGCAUUAUUUACGUUUUUUUACACCUUGAUCAUGAUAUGAUGCACUGAGCACUGCUGCAAUUUAUUAUUAAAAACAAAACUUUCACCUUCAGAAUGUUUAUCUUUAGCACCAAGAAAUCUAAUGUCAAAUUACAAUGACAUAUUUUUACUGGCGAUACACCUAUUUUGUGCCCAGAUUUUCAAAAACUUUUACCAGUUGAUCAGCUCACCAAUAACAAUAGAGCGAGCAGCAGUAGGAACACUCACUGGGAUCAACAACCCAUCCACAUGGCAACCUUCAGCAUUAAAAUCCCUGUUACGGGGCAUUACAUUUGAAAACUGUAAACUGCUUUCAUUUGCU